CUUUGAAAAUGUCAGUUGGAGAAAUUUUUUAAAUUUUUAUAAAGUGAAAAAUUAUUGAAAAAAGUGGAAAAUAAUUGUGUUCUAUCUGUUUUAAUUAUAUUUAAUGCUUGAUAAUGGAUAGUUCACGUGACGAAUCAUCCUCACAGUUAUCAGAAAAGGACAUUUCACAUAAUCACAAUGAAAGUAAAUCAAAUGUGUCUAUAUUUAAUAAAAUUAAUCAAUUUACGGCUGCUAGAAACGAUUCUACUUGUCAAAUAGCAGCGACAUUAUCGUUCACAAAAACGCCUUCAAUUCUUGACUUUUGCAUCAUCAAGCCUAUCUCACGCGGAGCAUUUGGAAAAGUCUUCUUGGGCUACAAAAAUACCAAACCGGAUCAGUUGUUUGCAAUAAAAGUAAUGAAAAAGUCUGAGAUGAUACAUAAAAAUUUAGUAGCACAAGUAAUAGCUGAACGGAAUGUUCUAGCACUGUCUCAAUCGCCAUUCUGUGUUAAGUUGUUUUAUUCCUUGCAAACAAUUUCAUCAGUUUAUUUAGUCAUGGAAUACAUGGUUGGUGGCGAUAUAAAAUCAUUGUUGGCAGUUUAUGGAUUUUUCGAUGAGUCAUCUGCAAGAUUCUAUUGUGCAGAAGUGCUAUUGGCACUUCAAUAUCUUCAUCAACAUGGAAUAAUUCAUCGUGACAUAAAACCGGAUAAUAUGUUGAUUAGUGGCGAUGGACAUGUUAAACUUACCGAUUUUGGAUUGAGUAAAAUUGAUGUCCGACGGGACUUGGAAAUCUCGGAUUUGAUAAAUACAUCGCCAAACAAUUUGCAAACACGAACACCUGGACAGCUUCUUUCAUUGACGUCUCACCUGUCAUUUGGAUCAUCUGAAAAAAGAUAUAUAGCUUCAAGAAUUGAUAUGAAAAAUGACGAAUUUGAUAAUUCGCAAUCAGAUCCAUCAAAUGACAGUAAAAUAUCAGGUGUAUCGCCAUUUUUCUCAGCAGAAGAUAUCAACAUUUCCAUAUCAUUAACGAAUAAAUUCAGUAAGACAAUUGAAUCAUGUUCAAGCUAUAGUACAGCUGAAGGAUCAAACGCUAGCUCAAAUGUUUACAUUACAGCUUCUUCAAAUGAUAUACGAAUACAGCUUGAUUCCGACAGCGAUAAGGAAAAUUCAAAGAACUUUAAUUUCUCGAUUCCACCAAUCAAGAGUAUCAGCCAGUUGAGAUAUAAUGAAGAUUCUGGAAUAUCAAGUCGCAAAAGUGAUUUUAGUCAAAAUAAUAAUGAAAUUUCCGUAGAUAAUUUCUUAAACUCAAAUAGUUUAGGAUCAGAUUUGUCAAAAAGUAAUUAUAGUGACUCAAGUAAGUUUAAUGAACUUCAUUCACCAAUACGUGCUGGUUUGCGACCAUUUAAACGACCUAGUAUGAAACGAAAACGUACACUUACUGGACGAACUGAUUAUUCAUCAGAUACAGAACCUAUCAAUCCGCAUACAGGUCUUACGCAGGAAAUUGAUUGUAUGGAUAUUGGGAGUAGCACACCAAAAAAACACAAAUCAAAGAAUGAAUCUAUGAAUAAUCAAAUAAAUAAGGUGAAAUCAUCGCCAGACGAAGAAAUUCGUAUCAGUGCUAUUAGUUCCAAUGUGAUUGUAUCAACUCCGGUUUCUAGUCAAAAAGUCAUGCGUACCAAGAAGAAGAAUAUGCUUCGUUUUGCUUUACCUCACUCUUCAAUUGAACAACAGCGAAAAACUGAAAUAUUAGAGUAUGUAAAGAUGUCUGAAGAUCCUGCAAUGUCACCAAUUAAUGCAAAUACAACACGACCAUCAAUUCAAAAUGAAAUCACUCCAAAAAUGCCAAAAACUCCGUUUCGUACUCCAAAAAGUGUUCGUCGUGGGAACAUUGCGCAAUCUGAUGAACGAAUACUUGGAACUCCUGACUAUUUGGCACCAGAAUUAUUAUUGAUGAAAGGACAUGGUUGUGAAGUCGAUUGGUGGGCUUUAGGAGUUUGUCUCUAUGAGUUCAUGACAGGAAUUCCGCCAUUUAAUGAUGAAACGCCGAUUAAAGUGUUUGAGAAUAUUUUACAGCAUAACCUCGAAUUUCCAAUUGAUGAUGAAGCACUGUCAGAUGAAGCCAUGGAAGCCGUUAAUGCAUUACUGACUGCAAAUCCAACAGAACGUCCAGGUGCUGAUGAAUGUAAAAGACUGAAAUUCUUCGAGUCAAUCAACUUUGAUGACAUAAGGAACAUGGAACCUCCAUUUGUGCCAUCAUUAGACGAUCCUCAUGACACUGGAUAUUUUCGUGCUCGUAAUGAGCUACAAGAUCUUCAAUUAUCAAAUUUUGAACUAAGUUAAGCUAUGAUUUUUUUAUUUUACCUUCCUCUCAAACUUUAUUUUGAUAUGUUCAGCAUGUAUUUAAUAUUAUGAAAAGUUAAUAAAGUUAGAUUCCUUGUUUGUUGCAAAAAUAAAUAAAUAAAAACUGUUGAGCUUUCUCAUGACUUUUUAUUAGUAUUGACUUGAAAAAGGAGAAAUGGCAAAUAACGAAAACAUUUUCGUCUUUCCACAAUAAAAUAGCACGUUACGUUAUAUUUGAUUAAUGUAUUCCAACGAAUUAAUACAGAAUAAUAAUUCAUUAUCAUUACUGAUUUGCUGCACUAUGGGGAACAUUUCUUGCCUUAUUUACAACUUAAUUAAACAACUCUAUUAUUACGUUAAGAUUAUUAUGAUAGGGAAAUAAUUAAUUGCGUGCAAUGUGCAAAAAAGUACGUCCAAAAGCAUUUAAAUUUGAAUAGUUUUAAGGCAAUUUUUCAUUAUUUGUGUGGGAUGUACAUACAUUAAAACAAAAAAAAAACUUUAAUUCUUAUGGGGCUGUUCACUUAUUACGUAACGCGAAAAAAUGACUUUUUAGACCCCCCC